AUGCGUGGUGUCGAUUUGAAGGGGGCAGUGGAUAUUAAGAGGCAGAAGCGAGACCACUGGCGUUGGCCGACGGAGCAAGGCGGCGGCUGGGGCACACUGGUGGACGAGGCGCUCCUAGUCUUCUUCUUCGCCGCCAUUGCAGGCACGUUUCCAGACAAGCUACUCACAGAAAAGGCGAGAUACAUAAACUGGCUACCGUACGGAAGGCUGUUGUCUGGCUUGACCCCCCCAGAGCGUUUCAUCGAGGCGCUCAAGCGACCCGACGGCGCCGCAAUCGGCUUCAAGGCGGGCGGGCUGCGCUCGCAGACUGAUGUGCAGCCGCACGUGGAGCGCUGCGCGCGCAUCCUGGCCUCGGCCGACGUCUUGCACGAAGCGUGCUGUCUGCCUCCCGUGGACUGGGCGGCGCGCAUCAGCAGCGCCGUGCUGUACUUUGUUAGCUUCGAGGCGUGGAACAGGGCGCGCGAGGCGCAGAGGUAUCUGCACUGUCCUCUGAAUACCACGAAAGAUGGUCGAUGCUUGGCCUACGGUCUCGAGGGAGACGGGGUGAAGGAUGAAGAAGCGUUGGCGGCAGAAGAGGAAACUAAGACACUCGUCGGGGCUAGGCUAGUGCGGCCGCGCGAUCCGUUGCGGCUACAUGAGCCUUGUGUUGAUCCAGCGGAUAGUGACGAGGACGGGGGCGAGGAGGUACAGAGCAAGCUGCGAGAGUUGGAGCGCGCAGAAGCCGCGUAUGGCGUAAAGAGAAGCACGAAAUACUAA